ACAACGGCCACCACAAUUUCUUUGCAAAUUCCCCUUUCUUUCUUCCGCGCUACAGCUGAGCUUCCAGCUCAUCCUUUUCCUCCCAAUCCGAAGCGCAUUUCUUCUCCAACUGCCAAACGCGAUCCUAAUCAUCUAUCUCCUUCCAUUUCUACCUUCCUUCCGUCCGUCUUCCUCUCUCCCUCCAACCACCGCCAUCACGACGCCCGAGCUGUACCCAUUAGGGCUUUCGCCGUUCCUUCUUCCCCUCUGAUUGCUCGAAACAGGAAAUUUCCAACUCGCCGAUUGGAGUUUGUUCACUCUUGUGAUGCGGAUCAAUUUGGGGUUCUAAUUGGGGGUUCCUAAAUGUUGAGCUAUUGCUGCUCUCAGUCCCUUUCUCAGCGGCCGAGUCUCGUCCCUUCCUUUUCCAGGCAGUUUAGGGCUCUUAAUCGCCCUGGGUCCUCGUCUCUUUCGGCCAGGAAUCCCCGGAUCCUUGAACCCAAUUCCAAGCUUCACAAGAAUAAAUGGAGGAUUUCGUGUUUUAGACAUGAGGAUUUUACCCCUGCGAAUCCCAAGUCUGAUGGCGUUGAGCACUUGCUUCCUGAGGAGCCACUUAAGCAAGAACCUGAACUCAGUAGUUCUUCUGCUCCGGUUAAAAGGGAUUGGAUAUCGAAUCUUAGAAAGGUGGUUGAUGUUGUGCAAAGGGCAAUUGGAAGUCGGUGGACUGUACCAUGGACUGCAGAGACCAUAAUCCAGGUAAUGCUUCUCUGGGUAGUCACAUUCUGGUUUAUAGGGUCCUGGGUUGUCCCCUUUGCAGCCCAUAUGGCAGGCGUCAACAAGGAAUCCCUAACCUUCAGAGGCCAAGCCUUAUUCAGCCUUAUCACCGACGCCACAGAAGGUCUCGCUGGUAUAGCAAUCCUCCACCGCUGCCUUUCAAAGUUCCGCCCUCUUUCCUCCGAUUGGUUUCGGUUCACCCCGAGAGGCAACUGGAUGCUCGAUGUCGCCCUCGGAUGCCUCAUGUUUCCCCUAGUCAACCGCCUCUCCCAGUUCAACCUCAGCCUCCUCCCCAUACUACCCUCAACACCUGUCACGCUCUCUAGCGUUGAGCAGUCGAUCGCUGCACGGGAUCCCGUGGCAAUGGCUCUUUAUGCCAUAGUAGUAUCGGUCUGUGCACCCGUGUGGGAGGAGAUUGUGUUUCGAGGCUUCCUCUUGCCGUCAUUGACCAAGUACAUGCCGGUUUGGUGUGCGAUACUGGUGAGCUCGGUCGCAUUUGCCCUGGCCCAUUUUAAUAUACAGAGGAUGCUACCACUUGUUUUUCUAGGGGUGGUGAUGGGAAUAACUUUUGCACGAUCAAGGAACUUGUUGCCCCCCAUACUCUUGCAUAGCCUGUGGAAUGGUUUCGUGUUCUUAGAUCUGAUGAAGUAGGAUGGUUCUGAGUUUCAUGAUGCUCUUUGCAAAAGGUAUUGAGCAUUUAGCAUUCAUAUUGAUGGCAUAUGAAGAAGGGAAGGGUUUGUUAUCUCGCCACGGAGAAGGGGGUGGUGUCAAGUGAAUGAAGAAGAAGAAGAAGAAGAAGAAGAAGAAGAAGAAGAAGAAGAAGAAGAGGGUGAGUAGGGUGGAGAUUUAUAUGACCAACAGCAGCAGAAUGCAAGUAGAAGAAUUUGUAUUAACAGAGGUGGAUGGAUGAUGGAUCCAUACUAUUUGUAGAAGUAGAAGUAGCAGUAGCAGUGCAGAAUGUAUCAUGUCUACAAGCCUGUAAUUAUAAUGGAGACAAUUAAGUUGGGAAAUAUUCAAUGGAAACCCCUGAAAAAAGGGGGGAAAGAUUUAUCC